UGGGAAACCAGUAUAACAUUAAUCUCAUCUCCUUUAGUAACCUCCAAGCCAAACUUUCCACACACACACAAAAAAAAAACAAAAAACAAAAAAAUGGUGAUUUUGAAGGCCACCUCUCACAUUGUGAAGCCAGCAGAACCGACCCUAGAAGAAGUCAUGUAUUUAUCAGACUGUGAUCAAAUCAAGCCCUUAACCCAUGCCCCAACCAUCUAUUUUUACAAACCAUCUUCUUCCUACAAAUCCCUCCAAGAAAUUGUUCAGAUUCUGAAAGAUUCCCUCAGCAAAGCCCUGGUGAAAUUCUACCCUCUUGCGGGGCGGUUACACUGGACCGAUGGUGGCCGGGUCGAGCUCCAUUGUAACUCCAUGGGAGCUUUGCUGAUUGAGGCUGAAUCCGACCUCACGAUCAAUGAUUUCGGGGACUUCUGUCCGUCCCCGGAAAUCCGAUCGCUUAUCCCGUCGGUGGAUUACAGCGUAACUCCAAUCCAAGAAGCGCCAUUGCUUGUCGCACAAAUCACAAAGUUGAAAUGUGGCGGUAUUUGUUUUGGAGCCGGGUUGUCACACAUUGUGGUAGACGGACAAAGCGCGGUUCAUUUCGUGUCCGAAUGGGCGAAAAUCGCCCGCGGUUCUGCCCCGUUGGUCGAUGAUCAUCCUUUUUUGGAUCGGAGGGUUUUACAACAGAAUGAUACUUUAAAGCAUGAUCUGAAAAAAUAUGAUGAUUUCUUUCCUUCGCCACUUCUUUUAGGACAGUCUGAUAACCUAGAGGAACGGAAAAAGAAGACAAAACCAAUGGUAUUGAAACUUAACAAAGAGCAAAUUGAGUCCCUCAGGAGUAAAGCUACAUUAGGCCUCCUCAGCGAAGGGCUUAUGGAACCAAGGAAUAACCCGGUCGGCCGACCACAAGUCAGCCGGUUCGAGGUGGUAUGUGCACAUAUAUGGAAGUGUAUAUCACUGGCCCGAGGGCUACAACCUGAACAAGAAACCGUGUUGUUCGUGUCGGUGGAUUUUCGUAACCGCAUUAGCCCGCCAUUGCCCGCGAGGUACUUCGGAAAUGCUGUCUUGGCUUUGCCUGUUUCAUCCACUGUGGAUGAACUUUUAUCCAAUCCAGCGAGCUAUACUGCAAGGAAGAUCAGGACAGUGGUCGACAGCGUUACCGAUGAGUACGUGAAAUCGUACCUUGGUUGUAUCAAGAGCAUCCCGAAUAUUGCGAACAAGAGGCAUUUUCAUACGGUUGGUUGUGCACAAGGGUCGUUUUUGGGGAACCCUAAUUUGAUCAUCACGAGUUGGGCCGGGUUGUUGCCGUUGUUAUAUGGAGCUAACUUUGGUUGGGGAGAUGAAUUUUACAUGGGACCUGGAUCAUUAGGUUAUGAUGGAAGGGUUUUCUUGAUUCCCAGCCAUAAUGGAGAUGGAUCCUUCAUCAUUCCAUUGCGCCUUCAAGUGGAGCAUGCCGAUGCUUUUGAAAAGUAUUUCUAUGAAAAUAUUUAGGCACUUAAUAUCCCCUCUCGCUCAAAUCAUCAUAAAAAUUCAGAAGGCAGGGCUUUGUUAAGCAAACACUCUUUUUCCAUACAAUAAAGAGUCCAAUGCCUAGUUUUUUUGUUACAAUAAAAGAGGCAAAACCUAAUUACACGUUUUUAUGGUAAGAAAUCUCUAUAAUAUCAUGUUCCAUUCACCGAACAAUUGGUGGAUCUUGUAGCAAAAGCAAACCACCAUGUUCCUGAGCCCAAUGCCUUGGGACAUUAAACAAAAAUCGUACGGAAUUAUAUAUAAAACUCUAAUCACAUCAUGUUCCAAUCAUGGCUUAAUAGCCGGCAGUAGAUCAUUC